GUCCAUCAUGGUCACCUGCGCCAACUGUGGGACGUCAGACACGCCGCUGUGGCGCAAAGGACCCACCGACAAAAAGCUGUGCAACGCAUGUGGUCUGCAUUGGAAGUCGCAUGGGAGGCACCGCGAUCCGAAUGCCAAGACUCCGCGGCGGUCGUCGGGCAAGCCGCGCCAGCCCAAGAAGAAGAAGAAGAAGGGCUCGGCAAGGGCAAAGGCUAAGCGCGAGGCCCGGGCGCUAGGCGUGGGGGGCGAUGGACUGAUGUCGACUCGGCUGCGGACGCGCAAGGCCACAUCGGCUGCCGUCUCGGCCGCCGCACAGGGCACCAUCCGCUUUGUCAAUCCGCCCGGCGACGCUCUCUCCAACAUGCUCGCCGAGUGCAAGCGGGCGACGAGUCGCGGCGGAGCGUACUCGCUGCUGGAGCUGCGGCUGCCGGCCGAGGCGCAGGACGCGCUGCGCCGCAGGAUGGCUGCUGAGAGCGAGGACGAGGGCAAGCACCCGGCCGCCGUCGCCCACGCCCUCGGCCUCUCCAUCGGCACCACCUCGGCGUCGACCGUCACCCCGCCGUUGCUGGUCGACUCGUCGUCAUGCCUCAACUUUCGCUCGCGCAAACCGCAUCGUCCGCGGCGUGCGCCGUCGGUUGCGCCCGAGGUGAGCCAGGCCUUGGCCAAUCCGCCGGCGGUCGUCGUCUCGAACGACGGCCUCGCCCUGGCACCGGGCGACGUCAUCGCCUUUCACGCCUCGCUCCGCGGUGAGAGCAACGACAUCCCGACGACGCCGGCCGCGCCGGCCGAGUACUUUGCCGUCAUCCGCCGCGUUGACGCUGAGCUCGCCCCAGACACGCCACUUGUCUACGUCUCGUGGCUGCUCCCGGCGUCGCCGGCGCUCAACCUCGGCGCCGUCGCCGUCCUGCAGCCGUCCCACUUUAAGGUCGGUCCGCUCGAGCCGCAGCCGCAGCCUGUCGAGGCCAUCCGGCGCAAGCUCGGCUUUAAGCUCGCCGUCUCGGCUGGCACCGACCUGUACUGGCAGUCGGUGCUCGACUCGGGCGCGCUGCCGCUGCCGCCGCUGGCGGCGCAAGACGCGGCCCACAGCGUGCUUGUCGACCGCGCUUCGGCGUACUUUGCCGCCAAGGCCCGCGAGGCAAAUCGCCCGUCCGAGCUCUGGCCCUGGUUCCAGGACCACCCCAAGAACGUCAAGAAGCGCAAGCGUCGCGCCUUCUACGCCUCGCUCAUCAAGCGCUCCAAGUUCCUCGACUCGCACCCGCCGGUCGUCAUCUCGGGCGAGCAGGACGCCGAGCUCGCCGCCAACAUCACCUACACCGAGUACACCAAGCCCACGCCCGACGUCUCGUUCAAGGCCGCCCGUAAGGUGGUCGCCGAUACCGAUCGCGCCGCCGUCCGGCAGUUUUACCACUACGACGCCCACGCCCGUCCACUGCAGGAGGGCGUCCAGCUCGAGGUCCACGACGCCGCCGCCGCGCUCGCGCUCCGCCGCAUGGUGGCUCCACCGCCGCCGCCUGCUCCGGCCACUCCGGCUGCCGCGCCGCCGCCUGCUCAGUAG